UCCCAGGUCAGUCUGUGAUCAUUGGAGAAAGUGUAUUACGUCCGUCCAAGUGAAGAGACCACUAAUACAGCCGGUCCAACAAACAGUCUUUGCCGACACUGUUCCGGCACAUUUCAUCUGCUUACCUCGUACUGCUGACAAAGCUACAAGAUGAAAUUUUUACUGACGGGCUCGUUCCUGUUCGUUGCGUUUGCGGUGUUUGUGACCGCAGAGGAAUGGUCGUGGAGCAAGGAUAAGAGUAAGGAUCAAGCAGCUAAACCAACGGCGGGACCAAAUAGCGCAAGCGACCGUGAAAGUAAAUCUAUAGAUUCCUAUUCGGAGGUCAACGACGCCAGCCAAGAAGGCGGUACUUCGAUUUCGGGAUCUUUAAACGACACCCAAUCUAGGCACGCCAUCAGAGAUAGACUCUGUGGUUUGGGUCUUAUGGAGUGCGAUGAUGAAGAUUUGGUCGAACCAAAACGUAACAUCGCGCCUCAAGAAUUAAUCUACGCCCAACCGGUGCAGCUAAAACCGGUGGGGCGACCCAUCGCCGCCGUUCCGCUCAAAACAGCGGGAUCUCCGCUGUCCGUGGGAUAUGGUCCUCCACGUCCGGUGCCGUUCCCGUCCGGCGGUCCGUCUUAUGGUGGCCCAGGACCUUCUUACGGGGGUCCAGGAUCGUCUUACGGAGGUCCGGGAUCGUCUUACGGCGGUCCGGGAUCGUCGUACGGAAGUCCCAUACGUUCCAGCCGACCGGGGCCUUCUUACGGCACUCCCAAUAGACCACCACCGCAAGUGUUCGAGUCCGAAGCGGCCGAAUCAUUUAGACCAGUACAACCGGCAGUUAGUAUACCGUCUGCGGGUUUACCGGUCGGCGGAGUCCAACAGCACGUGCACCAUCAUUUCCACCACGGCGAAGGCGGCGACAACGUUAAAGCACCGGGAACAAUCGACACGGCUGGACUAGGUCCAAUCGGUGCCGGUGCCGGACCGUUGUACGGAAGCGAAGGAUCCCUUUACGGCCCGAGCAGCCUUAACAGUUACGGAGGCAAUUUCGAAAACUACGAAACUCCCGGGCCUUUCUAUAAGAAACAACUCAACCUCAAGCAGCCUUCAAAUUCUCUGGCCGGAGCGUACACUAACGAAAGAUACCCGUCCUACGAGAGUCCCAGAGCCGACAAUUAUGGUUGCUAUUGCGUGCCGUACGACCAGUGUUUACCCCACGAGGUGGCCAGGAAAGAAGACGGAAUCGCGGGCAUCGAUCCGAGAAAUCUGGGCAAGACCGAUAUCGAGGCGAUCGGUUUGGACGAGGUUGUGAUCACCGACGGUAACGGCACAAUCGUGUCGCAUCACAAGGUCAACGACAAAGAAGAGGACAAGGCGAAAACCCGUAGGCGUAGGGAAGUAGCCACCCAAGACAACCAGAACGCACAAGCGCGGAAACUCGGGGGUCUGUUCGGAGGAGGAGGCGGUGGAGGAGGCGGUGGCGCCGUGAACGAGGAUGCCGAUGACGUCGGGAGUUCCGGUGUUAAAAUCCGGCCAACGUUCGGGGUGUCUUUUGGGCUGCCAUCGGGCGGCGGCGGUGGUUAUCCCAUUAGUCCAUACGGGCCUAACCCUUCGAUCAACCCUUACGGUAACUCGCUGGGAGGCGGCAACGGCCUUAACUUGGGCCUGGUCAGCGUGAACCCCUUGCUGUCUCUGCAAGUCACCAAAGACGACUACGGCGAGAAAAUCGUUAAGCCGUGGGUGAACUUGCACGUGACGCCCAACGCCGGUUUGGUCAACAAGGUCGGCCACAUAGUGCACAAACUAAAAUCGCCACAUUACGGUUACGGCCACGAAUACCCUCCGUCGUUCUUGCACCAACACAAUCACUAUCAUUCGCCACCUCCGUCGUACUACCCGGCGAGCAGUCCGUCGUUUUACGGUCCGCCUAAACCGUUCUACCACUCGAAACCGCCGCCGUCUUACGGCGGUGGCUAUGGAGGCGGUUACGGUUAUGGAGGUGGUUACGCGCCCGAGUACCAGUCGUACCGCGAAGAUUAUGACGACCAAGACGGUUACGGCGGACCCGUCGGUGGUUAUGGUGGCCCACCCGGUGGUUACGGUCCCGGCGGGUACGGAUCAACCGGGAUAGGCGAUUACGGCCAUGCGGACGACUACGACUCGGGUCCUUAUUAUAGGAGUUCAAAUAUAAGUGUUCCGGCCAGUAAUAGUAAUAAUUAUAAUAACGAACCACCGUCGCCGGCCGAUAGUGCCAAAAGUGUGAAAUUCCCCAACGACCGCCAGUCCUCCGGUCCCGUUAAGUUCGUAGGCAGCCAACGUCAAAAGAGAGACGUGGACGAGCGUCAAGCGUCGUACUCGGCUAACGGACGUUGUGGACCCAGACAAGUGUGUUGUAGACGUCCACCGGCACCGCCAGCAGGUCCUUUGUACUCUGGCGCGGCUUCCAAUCAAGUAGGUUACAGCGGUCAGUGUGGCAAGAGGAACACGCAAGGCAUCACCGGCAGGAUCAAGACGCCUUCGUACGUGGACGGAGACAGUGAAUUCGGCGAAUACCCGUGGCAAGUGGCUAUCCUCAAGAAAGAUCCACAAGAAAGCGUAUACGUGUGCGGAGGUGCUCUGAUCGACGCCUUCCACAUUCUGACGGCCGCUCAUUGCGUUAAAUCAUACAAAUACGAAGACUUGCGAGUAAGGUUGGGCGAAUGGGAUGUCAACCACGACGUGGAGUUCUACCCUUACGUCGAAGAAGACUUGGCCGACAUGUUCGUUAACCGAGAAUUUUACGCCGGUACGCUGUACAACGACAUCGCCUUACUGAGGAUGGCGAAACCGGUCGACUUUGCUCGCAACCCUCACAUAAGCCCUGUGUGCUUGCCCGAUGCUUACACAGAUUUUUCGGGACAGCGUUGCUGGACUACCGGUUGGGGUAAAGACGCUUUUGGCGAUUUCGGAAAAUACCAAAACAUACUCAAGGAAGUCGACGUUCCGGUGAUAUCUCAUCCACAGUGUCAAUCGCAACUGCAACAGACCCGUCUGGGCUACGAUUUCAAACUGCACAACGGUUUCUUAUGCGCCGGCGGAGAAGAAGGCAAAGACGCCUGCAAGGGUGAUGGCGGUGGUCCGUUGGUGUGCGAACGAGACGGUGUAUGGAACCUUGCUGGUAUAGUGAGUUGGGGCGUUGGCUGUGGUCAAUACGGCGUGCCCGGUGUCUACGUUAAGGUCUCCCAUUACCUUCCUUGGAUCAGACAGUUCUUACAGAAAUAUUAGAAGUCCCGUCGCGACGCAACUCUAUUUAUUUUUUUACACCUUAAACGUGAACUAUUAUUAUUAUUAUUAUUAUUAUUUGAGAUAUUUUAUGAAUUUUAUGUAUUUUAUACAUUUUAAAUUUACCAUACACUUUUGUCGAUCCUUCGCAAACUUGUGCAGUACGAAACGUUUCGGUCCGUUGACCGUAUAUCGACGUGAGUAUAAUUUAUAAUGUAAGCAGAAUGAUUUUUGAAUAUUUACGCCAGCCAAUUUCGUUUUUCGGUAAUUAUUUAUUAAACGCAAGACAUGUACAUGUAUACUUACUUAUAAUAUGUUUGCACCGAAUUAUUUAAGUAGUUUGCUUUGAACGAUAUCGUACUCGACAAGAUUGAGAAGACUGAAAGGCGUAUAAAUAUUUUGUUUUUUUUUUUGUUUCCAAUACUCUCAAAAACGAUUGUAUUGGAAUAAUAUUGAGUGUAUGUAUUUUUUUUUUUAAACUUUUGUAGCUAGAAAGUUUUUUUUUAUUUCUAUAAAAUCUAUGUAAUUUUCGUGCCACAACGGUAGUAUAAGUAGAAAUAGUGAUAUUUUUUUUUUGUUACAAGCUUUUGUCAUGUCGUCCAUAUUUAUUUAAUCAAAUAUGGAUUUAAAAUAGACAAAAUAAAAAAAAACAGAUUUGUAAAUAAAACCAUUAAGCUUUAAUGACGUUAGGGUCAAAUUUACUGUAGGAUACCUACGCAUUAUGAUUAUAUAAUAUUACUAACUAACAACUGUAAGAAAACAAAACAUAAUUUACAUUAUAAGUGAGUAUUGUACCUAUUUGAUAAUAAGAUUAUGUAAUGUUUGUUCCAUGUAUUUCCAUUAAAUUAUUAUUUUUAUUAUUUGUACGCGUUUAAUAUAU